AUGUGUAAUGUGUGCAUUUCAUUUAUGUUUCAGUUGGAGAAGAAAUGCAAGGAAACUCACGAUGAAUUUGUGGCUAAGUUAAAGAGUAAACAAGUUACAAACGCUGAUAAUAUUUCUGAUGAAGAAAGUAGUGCGCUUAACUCGAGCAACUUCAGCACACCCCAGAAACCAGAAAAGAAGAGGGGGCGUCCUCCCAAUUCCAAAAACAAGGAGCCCCCAAAGAAAGAGUUCGUUCGUCAACUGAAGGUGGCGAAUGCACAGAUUGAAGUGCUUAAGGAUAAGUUGAACCGUCAAUUAUGUUCACAGUGGUUAUCUCUACGCCCAAAAGGUGGAUCACAAAACAGUAAACGCCUUGAGGACGAAAUUGAGGCAAUGCUGGGAGAUAAUGGCAGCCCAAAUAACUCAGCUGAUGAGGGACCUUACUCUCCUAGUGAGGAAGAUGGACGGUCUGCCUCAUCCAAGAAGUCUGCUGCUGGUCUUAAGAAGGAACAUCAGUAUAAGAGGAUUGUAAAUAACAAUCAAAUUGAGUCUUCACCUUCACCCAAGAAGAAGCAGAAAACAGUAACUGCUGGUUCUCUUUCACUCCGUGGAAGAAACAAAUCUUCACCUAGAACAACCAGGUCAAGGAAUAAUGCAAGCAAUUCUCGAAAGCAGGGUCCUUUAGAUGAGGCUUCGGAUCAGUCCAGCGAGGAAGAAGCCAUGCAGACUAGGUCUGCUGCUUCUGCUAAACCACCUGCAUUCUGUAAGUGCUACAUAACUAAUGAGGUGGCGGAAAAACUAAAAUUGCCGUGUCCUAAGAUUCUAGAUCUAAUUUUUUCCCUUACAAUGCCAACCGAAGUCAUUGUCCUGUCUGAUGUUGAGGAGGAAAAGAAAAAUGGUGGACCGGGGAAAUCGAAUGAUGAUAGUAAUACUGAUAGCAGUAGUGAUACCAGUUGUGAAGACAGCGACCCUCUAAAUCUGAACCCCGAGGUUGUCCUUAGAAUGGCAUCUGAUUUCACAAGAGGCUCUUUGGAUGUACCAAGCGCAACUAAAAUAAUUGAAUGUUUGGUCAAUUUAAGUGGCCAGGACCGUGUAGCUUGGGAGGAUGUGUGUGGGCUCCAUGAUGUCAAGGAUACAAUUGAGAUAGACAUAGUUCUACCAUGGAAGGACAAAGCGAAUGUUUUCACCGGAUUGAGAAGUGCAUCAAGAGGAAUUCUCAUGUAUGGCCCACCUGGUUCUGGGAAAACUAUGAUAGGGAAGUGCAUAGCCUCCCAGUUGAAGGCAAAGUUUUUCAAUAUCACUGCAUCAUCUCUUGUAACUAAAUGGGCUGGGGAGGCAGAGAGGGCAGUAAAAACACUGUUUCAGGUUGCCAGAGCGGUUCAACCAUCUGUAAUAUUUAUAGAUGAAGUUGAUGCUCUCCUGAGCAUACGGACCGAGGAAGAACGGCAUUGGGAAAGGAGGGUGAAAACUGAAUUCUUAACAGAAAUGGACGGCUGCAAUACCAAAAGUUCAGACAAGGUAAUCAUCAUUGGAGCUACCAAUCUCCCGAAAAGCAUUGACCCAGCUUUCCUUAGGAGAUUCCAAACAAGGCUAUAUGUUGGCCUGCCUGAACUUGAUGACCGGAAAAAAAUGCUCCAGAGGAUUAUGCUUAAUACCUCGCACUCACUAACCCAGGCAGAUUUCAAUCAUAUAGCAAAUGAGACGGAGGGAUACAGUGGGUCGGACCUACGUAAUCUCUGUAAAUGGGCAUCCAAAAACAUAUUCAGGCAACUGUCAAAAGAAGCAACAGGCAAACGUGUCCUUCCAAAGACUAUUAGGCCUGUGGUUUUGGAGGAUUUUUUGGAGGGCCUCCUGACAGUUAAAUCCACAGUGCCCCAGAAGGUCUUGGAUGAGCUUAAGGCUUUUCAUAUAUAG